AAUAUGCUCCGUCCAAAUAUUUAUUCCUACGUCCAUGAUUCAUUUUGUUCCAAGCUCAAAAAAUGUAUAGAAUCGACGAUAAUUCUUCGGUAUUUUUGGGAGAAUAUAUCGAAUUUACGUAAUGGAAUAUGUUCUUGAAAAUUGUGAAAUCAAAAACUUAUGAUGUUUAUGGACUCCUGCAGAGAAAUCGAUAUCACUUUUUCUAAUAGAAUUGAUAAAAAUUAUCUUAUUUUUGUACAAAAAGUUUACACCGAUACUUUAAUACAUACUAUACUGGCCAAUUCCUCUAAAGAAUGGAACAGUUUUGCUUGGCUAAAAUAGUUUUUAUUACGUAUUAAUUACAUAUAAAUAAUAUUGUAAACUAGACUAUAUUUUAAUAUGUACUAAAUAUUAUAUCAACCAAUCAUUCUUUAAAGAAAUGAUUAUGAUUGACCAAUAUAGUACUUAUUAAUAGUACGUAUUAAAGUAUAUAUCGGUAUAAACUAGGCCAGUAAUUGCUUAUCAAUCCGUCUCAACUAUUACAAUUUAAAUUAUAAUUCAACUAUUAUAAUUUAAAUACAGCUUCAACAGAUGCAACAGAACAUCAAUCAUAUCUUUUGGUAUUUCCCAAUGUUUAGCGUACAUUGCAGUUCGUUUCCUUGUUUCCUCCAACAGGAUUUGGGCUUUCCUAGAGAACAAGACUCUCUAUAAUAUUUUUGAACUGCUAAAAAAUCCUUCCUAUAAAAUAAUUACAUCUAUUGUUUCCAACGUUAGAGUGACAUUUUGAUUUGACCGCUCAAGAUUUGAUCUCUAUUCUUCAUGCGCAUGCGCUGCUUUCCCCCUUUCGCAUCUUAAAGCAAAAUGGUUCAUAGUUCUUUGGCAUCUGGCAGUAUAAAUAGUGGCUAGUGGCAUUGAUCUAUUCUUUGCCAAUAAAAAGAAAAAAAAAGAAUUUAGAUAUUUUGAUGCAACUAUAUAAAAAAAAAUCGAUAUAAAAUUAUUUAAAUCUAAAUUAGCGGUUCUUUGUCUUGUUCUAAAUCAUUAUUCUUGUAUUAACAAAAAAAAAAGAAAAAAAAUUAAGUUAACCUAGUCGUUAAUGCACAUUGAUACUAUUGAGAGAAGAAUUGGUUUACAAUUGAUAAUAUUUUGCAUGUAUAGUGCUUUAAUUAAUCUGGAUAUAUAAAAAUAUAAAUGAAUAAAGAAUAAUAAAUCAUUGUUUCGAUUUCUGAUGGAGCAGCAUAACUACGACGACGCAAUGUCAAGUAAAACUGUAUUUGUUACAGUUGGCACAACAAAAUUCGAUAAUCUCAUAACUACCGUACUAAAUCCCAUAGUUUUAGGGGCUCUAUCGGCGCGUAAUUACAGACAUCUAAUUUUGCAAAUUGGCAAUAGCAACUUAGAACUGGACUCCACUACAUAUUAUGGUUUCUAUAAAAUAGAAAUAUUUAAAUUAAGUCCAUCCAUUGAAUGGUAUAUACAAUCAGCAGAUCUUGUGAUAAGCCAUGCAGGCGCAGGAAGCAUACUGGAAGCUUUAGAAAAACGCAAACCUUUAAUUGUAGUGAUCAAUAAUCGUCUUAUGGACAAUCAUCAAGUAGAACUAGCCGAGCAGCUAUACAAGGAUGAAUAUUUAUAUUAUUGCACUUGUCGAAGUUUGUUAGAAACUAUACGUAAAAUGAACUUUGCAAAAUUGAAACCUUUUGUUAAUAAAGUUAACAAAAGUGCAGAUAUUGCUAAUUAUAUUAAUAAAAUAAUGGGAUUUAGGUGAUAAAACAGUUUUGUCUUCCAUACAGAAUGUCAGAAGAUUGACUGUUUUAUAAUAAUUAUACAUGUAAAAUAGCUGUGGGAACAAACAGCAAUAUUUAUAUAUAUAUUUCAAUUUGUAACACACUUUACAAUAUAAGGAUACACGAUCAAUAAAGUUUAGAGAUUACUGUGUAAUGUAUUAUGCUUGAUAUAAUUUACAAUAAAAUACACUGUAUACUUAA